UAUUUCAAAAGUUACGUUAUUAAACCUUAAUUGGGCAGAGAAAAUGAAAGAAAUUGGAUAUAAUUCGAAGGACUCAAUUAAGAGUAGUAAUAAAGUCAGUCGUCGACUUUUCGUACUUCAUUUGUCCGUCGUUAAAAAUCGCUGCUUCAUUGUGUUUCCUUCUGCUCAUCUACUAUUUUCCUAUACUACUUUUCCCCCCUUGGCCAUUGGAGAAGAAGAUGCAGUGCCUCUCCUUCAACAUCAAUUCAUCGUCCCCAUCAUUUCCCACCUCGCCUCAGUCUCAAUCUCAAACUCAAAUCGGUCUCAAUUCUUGUCCCCCACAAUCCCAAGGGAAUUCCACUGACGGAACACCCAGAUCCAGCUCCACUCAGCCCUCGCCCUCCUUCAAUAUCAGUCAUGAAUACACUCUCGCUUUGCAGGCCAAUUCUUACAAUGAGAUACGCUCCAGAAUUGAAGAUCAAGUGCUAGUUGAGAAUGCAAUUGAAAGCGAGGAUAUGGAUAGCCAUCAGCUGCAUUUGUCUCAGGUACUGCACCCCAACAGAGAAUGCGUCCACCAAGCUCUUCGCCACACCAACCCUAAGGCUACCCUCACUCGCUUGGUUUCUACCUACUUUGAUCACAGCGAAGACAUCAGCACUCUCUGCCUCGCGCUCUACCAAUGCAUAUCUCGUGCUCGUACUCUUUAUGCUCCUAUAACUGACCUUCUUCAAGUAUUCCCCUAUGACCUAAGUUCCACCAAUCUCUCACAAUGUAACUGGGCCUUCGAUAUUUUCCUCCAAUUCGAUAGCCUCGACAACCCUUUCCCUUCUCCUGAAUCCCAUAACUUCAACGAAAUGCGUCGCAGUUUCUCCCUGCUCAAGGAGCAGCUUGAUCAGCGUCUCCAGAAAUCCCGUUCUAGAGGUCGCUACCUGCACCGUGCAACUACUCGUUCUGCCAUUUGCCUGAUUGGCACUGUCGUUGCGGUUGCCGUUACGGCCGUGGUUAUAUCCACUCAUGCCCUUGGUGGAAUUGUGGGCCUUAUCGCUACCCCACUUUGUCCCAUCAAUAUACCAAGUCAUCUCAAGAAGAAACAGCUUGCUCGUACGGCUCAACUGGAUGCUGCUUCCAGUGGAACUUUUUUCCACAUCAAAGACCUUGACACUAUUGUCUGCCUUGUUGACUGGUUACAUGCUUCAGUUGAGAACGACAGGGAUCUUGUACGGUUUGGACUGGAGAGGGGUAGGGACAUAUACCCCAUAUAUGAAGUUGUGAAACAUCUCCGCAAUAACCACAACAAAUUUUUUGAUCAGCUCAAAGAACUUGAGGAGCAUAUAUGCCUAUGCUUUAAUGCUGUCAAUAAGUUCAGAGCUAAGCUUCUCAACCAGAUUCAUCUUCAUCAAUCUACUGACUCAUGAUGGAUUGGUAGCUAUAUUCUUUCUAUUUACUUUCACUGUCAAUGUGUAUAGCCAUACACUCAACAUAACAUGCUCUGACUAUCGCCACUAGCCCUGCUUUUUAUCUUUGGGGUCACUAUUGUCUACAGUGAUGUCAGUGAUGUACAAGACAACUAUGGAAUAGCUCAGGCUCUUGCUUACCUCCAUUUGUUUGUUUGUUUGUUCAUUGGUUACCUCCAUUACUCAUUGAGACAUCAAGCCAAGCAUUGUUCUGCUUCAAGUUCUCCUACAUCUCAGUUCCUACAAUGUGAGAUGACUUGAAUGUGAAGCAGAGCACCGAUAUGGAGUGGAUGUUUAUGAUUGCUUUGCUGCAUUAGAUUUUCAUCUCUUUCAUCAGCUAAGUAGUAUAGUUAAUGCACAAGCAAUGUAGAUAAAAUACAAUACCUAGUAUUAGUGAAAGGCUUUUGUAUCGUAUAGGCCACCAAAAUUGGUAGUGGUUUAAGACCAUAAACUGAACUUGUUGAACUUUUUUGAUUUC